AUGAUGCUUGUCGUCGAGCCGAGAGGUCUCACGUUGGUGCCUUGGGAUAAAAUCGCCGAUUAUUUGAUUAUUGGUGUCACAUAUUUCUUCAAAUUCUUCAUUAUAGUCGGAGGUUCGAUACCCUAUGUGUUCCAAUACGUCGAAAUUCACCAUCGCCGAAAUGCUUCCGGAUUCUCAUUAUUCGUCUGUUUGGCACUAUGCAUCGCCAACAUUCUUCGUAUUCUUUUCUGGUUCGGCAAACGAUUCGACAAUGCUCUAUUGGCUCAGAGUAUCGUGAUGUUCAUUUGCAUGAUAUUAAUGUAA